CGGAGUCAUUUUCUGUCAGCCGUUCGGAUGUGCAGUGACGGCACUGCUAACGAACUAGCCACACACCGGUAAAGGAGUUUUUCAUUCUUCAGCGAGUCGGAUUUGUGUGGUGGCCGAUGUUGUCGUUACCAUCAUCGCCGUCAUACAGCAGCGCCGGUCCCUGAGGGUCCAUAACCACAGCCAUGAUAGGGGACGCAGUUGGCAGCCGCUAUGGGCUCAACCAUUCCCACAGCUUCUCUGGGUCCCCCACAGCCAUGUCCAUCGACAAGCUCUUCCCUGCACUGCUUGAGUGCUUCGGGAUCAUCCUGUGUGGGUACGUGGCAGGUCGUGCCAACAUCAUCACGUCCACGCAGGCCAAAGGCCUGGGCAACUUCGUGUCCAAGUUUGCCCUGCCGGCACUCCUCUUCAAGAACAUGGUGCUGCUGGACUUUGGCAACGUCGUCUGGUCCUUCCUCUGGAGCAUCCUCAUCGCCAAGGUGUCAGUGUUCAUCAUUGUGUGCGUGCUCACUCUGGUGGUUGCCGGCCCAGAGAGUCGCUUCAGUAAAGCCGGCCUUUACUCCAUAUUCGCCACUCAAAGCAAUGACUUUGCUUUAGGAUACCCGAUUGUGGAGGCCUUGUACAAGAACACCUAUCCAGAGUACCUGCAGUACAUUUACCUGGUGGCUCCGGUGUCCCUCAUGAUCCUCAACCCUAUUGGGUUUGCCUUCUGUGAGAUCCAGAAGUGGCGGAACAGUCAGGACCAACAGCACAACAAGUUGCGGAUUGUGGGCGUGGUGAUCCUGCAGGUUCUGAAGAAUCCCAUUGUAUUCAUGGUGGUCGUUGGCCUUGUUUCCCACUUUCUGCUGGGCCACAAGAUCCCUGUUGUCAUGCAGGAGUUUGUGGAUGGCCUUGCAAACUCUUUCGGCGGGGCGGCUCUGUUCUACCUGGGCUUGUCCAUGGUGGGCCAACUCAGGAAGUUCACCAAGUCUACUGUGGUGGCAUUGAUUCUUCUCAUCACUGCUAAAUUGUUAGUGAUGCCAUUGAUCUGCCGGGACAUGGUGGAGCUGCUGGACUCAAACAGCAGUAGUCCUCAAAACCACACCAGCCUCUCCAACUAUGCAUUUCUCUAUGGCGUCUUCCCCACAGCCCCCAGUGUGGCUAUCUACGCCUCCCAGUACAACAUGGAACUUGAAGUUAUUACCUCAGGGAUGGUAAUAAGCACAUUCCUGUCCGCACCUAUUAUGUAUGUCUCCGCUUGGUUACUGACAAUCCCAUGGAUGGACCCAAAGCCAUUGGUGACUGCGCUGCAGAACGUCAGUUUCAACAUCAGUAUCGUCAGUUUAGUUGCUCUGGUUUGGACCAUUGCCGUCAUGCUCCUGAGCAAGAAGUUCAAGAGACUUCCGCACAUGUUCGCCAUGAACCUGUUUUUGGCGCAGUUUCUGGUCUGCAUUGGCAUGAUCUUGUGGAACUUCAUCGUGAAGCAGGACAACUUCAUUGGACAGGUGUUGACAUUCACGCUGCUGUACGGUUCUCUCUACAGCACCUAUGUGUGGACAGGUCUCAUAUCUCUGUCCCUCGUCCUGAUGAAGAAGAACAAUGAAAUGACUGUCCCCCCUGGUAUUUUUCCGAUCCUGGGCUGGGGAGUGCCAGCACUCACAAUGGGGAUCCUGCUCAUAGUUGCAGAGAGCGUGCCUGGCACCAUUGACUCAGCCUUCUUCUACGGACGGACUCAGAUCAUCAGCACCGCAGUGGUGCAGUCUUGCAGCAUCCUGCUGGGAGGCUGCUCUCUCAUGGGUCUCAGUCGGGGCACCCAGGACCUCAGCUACCAGGUCCUCGAACGGGGCUCCACCUCAGGCACCACAGAAGACCUGCAGCCCGAAAACAACCUGGAGGACCAGACCGUUUUGCAGUCAGGGACAAGAGGAGGCUGCAUUAAUGGAGAGUGCCAGAUGUGUGAGUGCGCUCAGCCGCAGCCCAUGCCCGACAUGAUCGUCAGCACCCACGUGAACGACACAUCCUGCCUGCAGCCAGGUGAGUGCACGGCACCGUGCGAGUCGCCCCACUGCCUGCUGGUCCAGGAGGAGGAGCGCCUGCAGCAAGCGGCCGAUCGCCAGGUGGCUCGCCACACGCUGCUUUGCCUGCUGCUCACCGUUAGCCUGUUGGCUAACUUGUCCAGCUGUCUGUGGUGGCUCUUUAACCGAGACCCUGGGAGCCUCUAUUUAGAGCUGCAGUUCUUCUGUGCCAUUGCCAAUUAUGGACAGGGCUUUAUUUCAUUUGGGAUUUUUGGACUGGACAAGCAUUUAAUUAUAAUACCAUUCAAAAAAAGGCUGGCGAGUCUGUGGCAAGGGCGCGAGAGGGUGGAAGAGCCCCAGGCUGCUCUUCCUGAGGAGAUCAGACUGACGUGCACGCAGUUCAUCAGGUACCACAAGGACCAGUGCGUGCAGGACAUCGUCCAGAAGAGGAGGUGUGGAGAGAGGACCGUGGUGGGCACCUUUCUGGGCAGCGAGCUGGUGGAGUGGCUGCUGAGGGCGGGAGUGGCACGGGACCGGGGUGAGGGGCUGCUCUACGGCACCCAGCUGGAGCAGGGCGGGGUGCUCCAACACGUCGCCCGCGAGGUCGGCUUCCAGGACGACAGCCUGCACUACCGCUUCACGGAGGGCGGCAGGCUGGCGAGGUAGCACCAGGAUGUGGCGUGUGCACCUCUCACGCAUGGGAGGACAACUGGAUUAGCGCAGGGUUGCAGGGACUGUCUGUAACUGUCCGGCACGUAGCCGAAUAACGUAACGAGUAGCUGCUUUUAACUUUGGUUGCAUGGUGGGAAUUUAUGAGUGGAACUGAAGAAUGUGAACAAUUGCACUGUUUUUCCUCAGACUUGGACGUCUUGGAGGAAAACAUGUCAAACAGAUGCCUGUAGCUGUCACAGGUCACGAGUUAGGGUUAGGGUUUACAGCUUUAGUGAGCUCGGACAUGCUCGCUCAGAUGUUAUGAAUUCUUGUUUUUUUCUUCUCCUCGUAGCCUUUUCUCUCUCUAUUCAUGACUGAUCUUCUCUGAGGACAUUGCUGCAGGUGUACACAUUUUUUGGGCUUCCGUCCAUUGACCUGCCUUCUAGGGUAAAUGUUUUGUGCAGCACCGGGCAGGGCACAUAUCUGCGAUUCACACCUCGUCCUGCUAUGGUGGCAGUGGCCACAGUGACACUGUACCAGCAAUGAUGUCUUGUACUGAUUAGCACCUGUGAUUCACAUAUGGGGUAUUCACUAAUGUCAUUGAGCGUUAUUUUCUCUUCCACACCUAUGAGAAUUAGGUCACAGUUAUAAUUGGUUACUUUAUGACCAUUGAGGCAUCUUAUGCUCAGCACUGAAUUGCAUCCAUUGGAUUAAUUGCAGUUUAAACCCUAAAAAUGACAUGAAACUGACUGAAAUUUAAAAUGCUGCUGUCAUUUCAUUGUAAACUCCAGUCCACUUCAUCCAUCACUUAAAGUUUACCGAAUUCCUUUUUGUAUUGAUAACUUUUUCAAGUUUCUCUUCAUGCAAGCACUAACCUUCAUGUGUGCAGUGUGGCAAGGAGCUUCCUCUUCCACAAGUUUAAGGGUGAUGGACAUGAUUUCAUGGGCUGUUCUGAGUUCAGGAAGAAAGUCUUGUUCAGGUUAAAUAAUCUAUGUAAUAAGCAUAAUCCAUAAUUACUAGAAGUGUUACAAUGCAUCCAAGAGGAGUUAUGUACUGUAAGGAUGGAGUGAAUUUUAGCAAGAAAUCAGGAGGACCCAUCGUGUUCACUGACCAUCGGUGGUGUAUUUAGGCAGCUGGAGUUUGUAAAGGCAAAUGUAAGGGAGCAUAACACAUUUCUCUAAUAACAGAGCUACUGAUAUAGGUUGCAUGUGGAAAAUAUGUGCUUAACUCAUUUUAAAGAUGUUUCUCCUGUUGAAGUACUCAGGUAAACCAUGUUACCAAGCCAGAUUUUUGUUUUGCUUGUGUAAUGUCGGUACUAUGACGGACGCCCUGUUAAGCUUCUGUUUCUCACUGGUGAGAGCUGACAUUUCUGAGGGGUUCUACUUGAUUCGUUCUCAUGUUUG